UGUUUGAAUGGAUAUUAUUUGUUCUUCCUCUGUCUUGUAUUUCUACCUUUUUCAUAAUCAACUGCCAAUACGAUGGCGCCUCCUACGAACGCCGACACCGAGUUGCUAGGUUCGGUCUUCAACCACCUAGUUCUCCCACCAAAAGUACCGGGUGCUCAAGAUAGUGACAUUGAUGAUGUCUCACAUGAUAUUCUGAUGCGACUGGCCCACGCCACUGACACAGCAAUCAGUCUGACCUGUGAUAUGCCGUGGCUAGAUGCAUACCAAGAUUUGCGGCUGUCACUUCGAGCUUGUUUUCAGCUGAACAGGGGCCGCUUGGAAAGAAACAGUCUUCUCAAGCACUUCAAAGAUCUACAUCCAAACCAAACACUAAUUUUAUAUCUCCAUGAACAAAACGCAGGCUUGUUGAUUCGUCGUGACGAAUGGACUAAUGAAGAGUGCGUCAUCUUCGAAUCUUUCGAGGCAUCACCUAUUUCUGCAAGCGUCCUCGCCUCUGGCCAUGCAUUACAAUGGGAUUUUCCGGGACGAUCUGUCCGCAUCAGCCUCAAAGACUUUACUGAAGAGCCCUUUCAGGAGAGCCUAGCUUCGUUUCUUGAGCAAGCUAGCAUGGAGUCGCUAUAUUAUCUUCAGGCCUCAUCACGGAAAGCAGGCGUGUCCAUUGGCGAAGUACGAGACACUACAGACCCGGCUCUGAUCACCCAGAUUCAUUACCAGUCACCUAUGCUACGAAAACGCGUUAGGGAUGAUGUUAAUCUUGUUAACGGCAAUAUUCCUUGGCGGCGGCUUCCUUUUUGGCUGGUUCUGCGAGUUGCAACUCAACGACAACUUUGCUUGACACUCGGGCCCGAACAAGGGCAGGUUGCGUACAAGACUCUGAUGUCAAUUAUCCUUGCAGAAAUGCUUGAUGACUCGGCCGGUCGCCUAAGUCCGCAUGAAGUCGUUUGCCUUCGAACUAAGCUAGCCCGUCGCAUGGUGAAGUUGGAGAUGAAUGAAAAGAUAGUCCAGUUGCGCAAUGAUCCUCCAUACAAAGACUGGUUUUGCGCAGCUUCUUCACUUGUGAGAAAAUCCAUCGAAGAUGCCAACAUGAAGAUGAAUGGGGCUUGGAAUGCGUUUAAGAGAAAAAACACUCGCCAGGUUUUACCACUACCAGACCGUGCACCACUCAGUUCGUUGACGCUCACUUUGCCAAAUAGCGGCAAAUACCUUGACGAGAUCCUAUCUAAGAAGUUAACACGGUUGUCGACAAUGGGACCGGCCGAACUUCCUAACCCGCUGGACCAGAGUAUUCAACGAAGCCAACUGUUUACUGACUGCGCUUUUGAGUUUGCCGUGCUGGAGGAACAAGCCGAGCAACAGGCUAGUCCAUCUGAGCUUCCUAAUCAAACCCAUGAAGGACGUUGUCGAACAUUGGGAUCCCAGAUCAUGUCUGCCCUAGAGCGAAUGAAGAAGGAAUUCAAGAAAGUAGAUUCGACCUACGACUCUGAUCCAGAACUGAAAAGCUCCACCAUACUUGCUAUCUUCAGCUUGUGGGUCGAAUUAGACAAAAGCGCUAUUGAAAGCUGCGAAUUACUUGCUGCCCAUGCUCCAGUAUUCCGUCCCGAACUACUCGAUGUUCUACAACUACCUACGAAGUCGGCAAUGGUACGGCUGCAGAAAAUUCAAGAGUACUUGGCCGGUAGAAAUGCGAGAAGCUUCUAUGGAACUGUACUGGAAACAAACGAGCAAGACUCUAUUGCUCUGCGGUAUCUUAAAACUUCACCGCACUUACGAUCUCUCGAGCGUCAUAUUCAGACUAACUAUGAGAAUAAAUGCCAGCGGAAGAAGUUAGAGCAUGAGCACUUAUGCAUUAAGUAUGACGAACAUACAGAAGGAAAUAUGCGAAAUCCUUGUCUUUCUGGUUGCACGAGUUGUUGGCAUUGGAGAAUGCGAAAUCGCCUACAGAUACAGGUUCAAGAAGCGUCCUUGCCUGAGAACAACCCCACAAGAGGUACAAUUAUAUUCGAGCUCGGGGUACUGGACUGGUUUGCUGCCUAUCGGGAUGCAACAUGGCGGAUCAUGAAUACACCAAAACCUGAAUUACACCUGCACAAAUAUGAGCCAUUGAAGAGUUUCAUGGCGGCCAAGGCCAGUUGUCUUUCAAUGGCCUCUAAGAUAAAGAGCUUUGAGCAGACGCACUACAGUUUCAGCCGAGAAAAGGUGCCAAUCGCAAAGGUCCUCUUGCCUUUUGCUGCAUAUUUUCAACUUUAUGAUUCGGAAUUGGAAAUAUGGGUUGAGGAUCUAACCAAGCCGCUCACACUGGAGCAUCACUGUGGAAUAUAUGGCCUUCACCCUCCAACAAUUGUGGAUGGACCAUCUUCCUACCAAAUCCAAGCAAAUCAAGUUGUAGUUCCACCAGAGAUCCCAGCUCAAGCAUUUUUUGCCUACCAAAAGCUGUUCGCAGGGAAACGGCGGCGUUGGCCAAACAUGAUCGUGGAACUGUCCUCGUCAAACCUGAACCUUGGCGACGAAGAUACAGCGCGCGUUAUCUGUCAGCUAGCAUCACAGGCAGGCCCUCAAUUGCCCCACGAGCCUCUACGUGCUGUGCAUGAGGUCUUCAAGUAUCCCAUUUUUACAAGACGUCUAACGAGCACCCUGGAGAUUAUGCUUGAAUCCAUUCAGUCUAAUUGGAGAGAGCAUAAUGUCAUGCAGCUAUCACUUGGUACCGAUAUCCUCAUGACAGCACGUAAAUAUCUCAUAGAAUGGAUUUCCGACACGGAAGCACGCAGAUAUGCAACAUAUGCUCUCUAUGCUGCUUUGCACUGUAGAGCAACUUUCGCCUUGUUGCUUGGUUUAGAAGAUCGUCUCAGCCAGGAAGAUCUGUGUGAUUGGAUACAAGCAUCUAUAGCUGUACAAGAGAACACAUUACAUGAUCUCGACAGACUACCUAGUGCUUUACGCAACCUACUGUUUCGAGACGCGAAGAUGGCUUACCACCUUCAACCUCUCGUCAAGCACGCAAUGAAGUCCUUCAAAUCUCUCGUUGGAACUGAGAUUCUACGUGGCUCAUCUAACCGAUUCUCAAUUACUGAUACAACUAGCGUUUCAUGGACCUUUCUCCCCGAUCCGCAAGGUCAUUGGAUAUCUGCUAUUACUCCCGGGCCAUUCAGUGAGAGAGUGCAUUUCAACUACAUCGAAGGCCACCUAUUAGUUAACGGCAGACCACGUUCUAAGCUCCCCUUGGAUAUCGCUAAUGAUCAUCUUCUCACCUAUCCAUCCAGCCAGCCCGGAAUGUCCCAUCGGCUGACUCAGCCUCGAGGGGACUAUUACAUACACUUUGGCACACGAGAUGGAGGUGCCAUUAUUCGUUCGAUUGGGUAUAACUACAAUAGAAGAGUUCAAGAAACUUUGGAAUUCAUCCCUUCAUCGAAGCUCAGGAAGCUCCCUAGCUUUGAUCUGCCAGCUGAGCUAAUUGACAACUGUGGGCACUGGCUCAAUAUUGAUACUCGGUGCCUGGAGAUCAGAAGAGCCACCCCCGAAACUCCUGAAUUCUGGAAAACACGACAGAAUGAUUGGAUUAUCAAUAUCCCUGAGCGUAGGGCAUAUCGUGGUAUAGGCGGCAGCCAGCUUGUUGAUCCUCAAUCAGAGGUUUUUGCGCAAAUUGCUAACGUUUUCUGUGAUUUCGAGCAACCUGAUAGACUGACUGUUUAUCAACCUCGAAGUCAAUUUGCUAAACUAGCAGUUGAAUUGAGGCAUUUUGAUUUGAGCUUCACUGUCAAUAGAAACAACAUUCUUGAGUGCAAUCAAUUGAACGCCGAGAUCGACAAAAAUCAAGAUGCAGGAACAUGGUACGGCAUGCGGAGCAAGAUUGUAAUGAGAGAAAAGAAUACCCUGGCUCGCAGCAUUAUAGUACCUCUCGGAAAACCGACUACCUGUCGCAAUGGUAUACACGUGGACGUUCGCAUACACGGAGCUUCGCACUAUGCUAGGUUCAUGAUUGACAACAUCCUAGGACGAUUAACCUGCAGCCCUGAACCUCGUCUAGUAUAUACGAAAGCUCUUUAUCAUGCCAUCACAUCUUUCUGUCUGCCCGAUCCGUUGACUGGCCGAACAGGCUCUAGCGAAUCAUUCACGAUACUACGAUCUGGUGCUGCCCAGCCUUGGGCGCCAAUAGCUAUGACGGGAAAUGAAAUUUUUGAGGGAUUUGUUAACCUUACCCCUAAAAGGCAGUACCAUCCCCCUGAUAUCAAGCGGGUCCAAAGAGUACAUUGGGAUGCAAAUCUCAAUUCCUCCAUUCAAUGUGAUGGCUACAGAGACAUUAUUGAGGCAAUCAAAGAGCGGUCCAACAGCCUUGCAGUCUUUGCCUUAGGCUCAGAGUUCCAGUUGAAAGAAGUGGGACAUCUCUGUCGCCGCGGUAGCGCUCAGAGAGAUCUUUACGAUCCUACACUGAAUGUUCAAGCUGCUCGAGAGCUCAAUGAUCAGAUCUAUAUUCCUAGAGAUCAAAGAUGCGGUGCCGAAGCCGCUCAAGUUUACCAAAUCUCACGUGUGAUUCUUUCUCAAUGCUCUCAACCCCUAAUGAACGGAACAUUAAGCGACAUUCUGGAAUCAUUUGAGACAAUCGGCGGGUUCCCUUCGCGAGUUCCUGGGACACCGAAACUCAAUGUAGCCCCGCUCAUAAAUCAGAUUGAAGAUCCCAUCAAUGAGAAAUGGGGUGAACUCGUUGACUUUUGUCGGUGCAACAGUGCUCCAGCUAGUCUGUUGUUUCGUCUCGGGCUUCUUGCUUUUCAUAGAAAAGCCAACAUGGAUAUCAUCCAUUCCCUGGCCAUGAUUUACCUAGUCGACGAGAUAAGGGACUUGGAACCUCCUCGUCAUCAAUGCUUCACGAAUUUUCAAUCUCGUGAACGGCCUUCCAUCGAUCUUCUCGAAGGCUUCAUCAGCUCGACGUAUCCUGACUUCCAGCCUCUUCUAAAUAAAAAGGGCAAGGAGUUGCAAUUUGAUAAGAACAGCCGAGAUAAGACUGGUCAUGAUGAGGCUUGUAAGAAAGAAGGUAUCGGACUAGCAGAACGCAUACAGAGAAUUUGGCCAAUCCCAGCACAGGAUGUGACCAUGCAAAUGCUGACACCAGCACGGGGUGAACUCCUCAAAGAGGGCGUUGGUCGUCUGGUUGAUAUAAACUCUUCAUGGGAGAGCAUUAAACCAGAAUGGCAACGAAGAUAUGCAAAUAUGGAGCUGGGCAGGUAUAUCAUGCUACUGGAUAAUAUUAUCGCCUCAGGAGUAAUAUCUUAUGUUCGCGACACUGUGGUGCUAACGCCUUGGACACUCACAGAGCCAAAGUUCAAUACAGCACGACACUCUAUUUCGUAUCAAUCCAUUGUUAAGGACUUCAUUACUCAACGUGGACCCGCUCUUGACAGAGUCCCGAGCAGUCUAAAUGGAAUUGUAGAGAAACACCAGAAUCAAACGCCAAAAGUGCCGACACCUGAGUCGCUAGCCGAGCUCACAGAACUUGGAACUAUCUUCAAUAAUUUCAAGCAAACUGAUAACCGCCUCCGGAAACAGUAUGCAAGGGAUCUUUGCCAGAGUUUUGCAGCCCUUGAAGAGGCAACCCAGCUAUCUGAGCCGCAAACCGUAGCCUCUGACAUAAAUUACGAUGAAAUCAGUGCAUCCCUCAGUCGCGCACGAAUGUAUAUGAAUUAUACACGGAUUGCAAUUGAUGCUGCCUUUACUAUGGGCGACAACCGAACCGGCUGGCUGGAACUUGGAGCCAUGAGGCCACUUUCGACCGCGCCUGAGCUGCUGAAGCUAUUGAGGUCUACAGAUCCUCUACCCAUUGAGCCUGCUAUGAAAGAAGCAAUACACCUAGUAAGGAUUCAGCACGCGCUCUCGCGAGGAGAUCAACAAGCCCUAAGCAAUGAGCUGCGCGAAGCUGGUCAUCAAGCCUGGCAACCAAUCGAGGUACCAGACUGGCUGCUGUUGGAAAUAGACAGUAAUAUCCUUAUUCGCGCCGAGCAAGUAGCUGUCGCAAGAGCAAUGAUAGACCCAAGUCUUGGAAAUGGCAUCCUCCAACUCAGCAUGGGGAAAGGGAAAACGUCCUGUAUUAUUCCUAUGGCUGCUGCGGUUUUAGCAAAUGGCCAAGAUCUUUUACGAGUUGUCGUCCCGAAGGCACUUAUCUUACAAACUGCCCAGACAAUGCAAUCGAAAUUAGGCGGUCUUGUAGGCCGCGAGCUCAUACAUAUUCCUUACUCUAGAAGAACGUCAACAGAGACGGAGAUUUUAGAUCUAUACAGCAACCUCCAUCGCGAAACUCAACGCUGUCAAGGAAUGGUACUGACUUGUGCUGAGCAUUUGCUUUCAUAUAAGCUGUCAGGCUGGCAAAGGUUCAUUGACUCGAAGAUGACUACGGCAAAUCAUAUGAUCGCGUUUCAAAAGUGGCUUGACGUCCACUCUAGAGAUAUACUCGACGAAUGUGACUUCACAUUAUCCUUAAAGACUCAACUAAAUUAUCCUAGUGGUUCCGAGAUGGCUAUCGACUUUCAUCCCUACCGUUGGGAAAUUGUUCAAGAUUUGCUUUCCCUGAUAUCUAGCCAUCUCAGAGAACUACAAAGCCAACACUCGAGAGGUAUUCAAGUCACCUGGAGGCGGGAAGGCUUUCCAGCUGUUCAAUUCCUGAAGGCCGACACUGAGGAUGCUUUGCAAGAUCUUAUUGUCAAUGAUAUUUGUUCAGGGAGUCUAACUCUUCUUCGGCCUGCUCAUCCGAAGUAUCAACAAAAGCGAAGCGCUGUUCAGGAGGUCCUCUGUGGGGUCAAAGUCAGUGACAAGCUGUUGAACCGUGUAGCGAACCUGUUCGACAACCCGGUAAUAGCAAGUAAUGCCCUGCUCCUGAUACGGGGACUUCUAUUGCAUAAGAUAAUAAUUUUGUGUCUUGGAAAGAGAUGGAAUGUCCACUACGGAUUGCACCCAGAUCGAGAUCCAAUUGCAGUUCCUUACGAAGCGAAGGGUAAACCUUCUGAACAGGCUGAGUAUGGCCAUCCAGACGUUUCGAUUCUAUUUACGUGUCUAUCUUUCUAUUAUGCGGGUUUGACGAACGAGCAGCUUGUACAAGUUGUGCAACAUACUCUCCAGUCGAACGAUCCAGCCGCACAGUACGAUUGCUUGACCUCAACAUGUACAGACCUGCCGGAAUCCCUACGUCGCUGGAGCGUUAUAAAUACAGAUGACAAGGCUCAGAUGCAGAGAUUGUGGACUUCUCUAAGAUCGAACCGCAUCGUCAUAAAUCAAUACCUCAACCACUUCGUCUUCCCCGUGCACGCAAGACAGUUCGAAGUCAAGCUACAAGCAUGUGCUUGGGACAUACCAAUUUGCUCCGAGGACACUACGCACGCAGUGACGCGGACGUCGGGUUUCAGCGGCACGAAUGACAAUCGUUUGGUACUGCCACUCACAAUUAGCCAGCGGGAUCUUCCACAAUUGCAACAUACGAGUGCGGAAGUUCUUUCAUACCUCCUGCAGGAUCGUAAUCGCCAGUUCCACGUCAUUGUUACUCACCCGGAGUCUAGCAAAUCCAAGGAAAGAUGUUUCUUUGAAGAUCUAAAAAGAAAAGGAAUUUCAGUUCUCAUAGAUGCGGGUGCUUAUAUAUCAGAGAUGGGAAACGAAGAGGUCGCCCACACUUGGAUGAAAGCUGACCCGGAGACCAAGGCUGUGGUCUACUUUCGCAAUGAUAACAGGGCAUGGGUCCAUUACCGGAGUAAUGCGAAAGAAGACGUUCCACUCUUAGCAACUCCUUUUGCAGAUGAUCUCUCACAGUGUAAUGUCUUCCUAGAUGAAGGACACACAAGAGGCGUUGACUUACGAUUGCCGCCGGACGCUCGCGGAGCUGUGACUCUAGCGCUCAAGUUGACAAAAGACCACACAGUGCAAGCGGCUAUGCGCCUCCGUCAAUUGAAAACAACACAAAGUAUAUGCUUCUACGGCCCGCCAGCAGUUGAAAGCAGCAUUCGAGAUUUUCAUCAACUCAGCUCUAACGAAAAAAUAGAUUCAUCCCAUGUUAUACCAUGGCUCCUUGAGCAAACUUGUCGUUCCAUAGAGGAUGUGCAGGGUCUAUAUAUUGCACAAGGCAUGGAUUUCUGCCAGCGGACUGAUACAAUCUGGAAUUGUAAAAAUUUCAUGUCGAAAGCGUCUGAGCGGCAGAAACUGUUCCGCGUCCUCAAACAACCAGAGCGCAAAACAUUGAAAGAUCUUUACGGUGUAGCUCCGGAUAUACCUGCGAUAACUUCUCAGGGCAAACUUACCUCGCUACUGCUGCGCUCGUUCAUGAAGAAACUCUCACUCACUAGUAAGGAGCAACAGGGCAAAUCCCAAGCAGACGCACUCCAGGAGGUUGAGCAAGAGAGGGAAGUCGAAGCACAGGUAGAGCAAGUCCGACAAGUAGAGAAACGGAAACGCUACAGCCCGUUGAAGUAUCCUGGGAUCCAUGCAGAUAUCUUACAUUUCGCGAGAACUGGAAUACUCGAGACCCUAGAAUCGGCGAGUUCUAGAAGUCGAGGCUUCGAACACGCCUUCUCCUUUGUAGGGCGAACGUCGGUAGGUAAACGUUUUGAUGUACAUGAAACAAGCUCGAAACUUUUCGUUUCAAAAGAGUUUACCAAUACCGUGCAUCUUGCUCAGAAUUCGCAAGAGGGAGACAAUUUCUUACGCCCUGUAGAAUGGAUUAUUUGGUCUCCUGGGGCUGAGACCGCUCUCGUAAUCAUUCCUGAAGAGGCAGAGUAUUACCUGGAAUUCUUGCGUAGCCAACAACGCAAGUCUUGUACACACCUUAUCGCGUACGCGACACCAGUCACGAAGGCAAUGGUUCACUUUAACGACCUAAAUUUCUACUCGUAUCCUGAGCUGCCGUUAGGAACUACCUUUCCGGAACGUAUCAGGAUCGAGCUUGGCAUCCUAGCUGGUCGCCUAUACCUCCAAGAGCACGAGUGGAAGUCAGUGGCGAGAUAUGUGAAAGGCUCGCCGAAUGACCUCGACAAGAUUGCAGUAGAUCCGGCCGCCUUCCUUCUAGAAUGGUUAAGCGCCCGUCGCAAGGCUGUCAAUGUCCUGCAUACUCAUAUGGGAUAUAUCUGCACAGGCCGCGAAUUGGAGAGCGAAGAGUUAUCUGAAGAUGUCAAUGGAGCAUCGUGA